AUGAGCUGGACCUUCCUCCUGUCGGCGCUUAGUGUAGUCGUGCUGAGCGCAGCGUGGAUGCGCCACUGGGCGCCGACGCCGUCGGUGGACCCGUCGACGACCGCGUGCUUUUCCAACGACUAUUACGAGGCGCGCGCGCUCUUCCGGGCCCGCGCGAGAGCGGCCCACGCCGAGCUCCACGCGCUGCCGCUGCCAGGCGCGAAUGAAGGACUUACGAUCGACGUGGCUGUCUUGCGGGGCUCGGACCCGACCGCGCUGCUUGUGCACCUCUCUGGCACGCACGGCGUCGAGGGCUUCGCCGGCAGCGCGAUCCAGGCCAAGCUGCUGGCCGACGCGUCGUCGCUGACUUCGGGCCCGACCGUCGUCUUUGUUCACGCGGUGAAUCCGUUUGGUUUCGCCAAGCUCCGGCGCGUGAACGAGGCCAACGUCGACCUGAACCGCAACUACUUGACGCCCGAGGCGUUUGCGGCCAAGCGCGCAAGCGACCCGAACGCCGCUGGCUACACGUCGCUGUCGCCGGCGCUCAACCCGCACCACGCGGCGCACUGGGCCGACGCGUCGUUUCUGCCAGCGCUGCUGAGACACGCGCUGCACAAUGGCUCUGAGAGCGUCAAGCGAGCGAUCGUGUCGGGCACGUACCACGAGCCGCAGGGCAUCUUUUUUGGCGGCUACGAGCUCGAGGCCAGCCACCGCCUCUUGACGGCCUUUUUCCAGUCGCAGUUUUCCAAUAGCCACGUGAACCGGAUCGCAAUGCUGGACGUGCACACGGGCCUCGGGCCGCGCGGGUACGACACGGUGCAAGUGACGUCGCCGAGCAUGCCGGUGACGGAGACGGUGCUCCGGACGCUCUUUCCGGACCAUGACGCGAUCAGCGACUCGAACGCGGACGCGACGGCGCUCUCGGGCUACGACGACGCUGGCGGCUUCGCGGUCGACGGGUACCUCUCUCUUUUUCCGGAGACGCCGGUGCGCCUCGGCGUGACGCAGGAAUUCGGCACCAAAAACAUGAUCGACGUCCUCGUGAGCCUGCGCCAGGAGAACGCGGCGACGCACCAUGCGCCCGAGACGCGCCUCGAAGCCGCCAACGCCCUUCGCGACGCCUUUUAUGUGCACUGGGACGGCGCGUGGAAGAAGGCCGUCCUGCAUCGCGGCGUGACGCUCUUCCACCAACUUCGCACCAAGCUUAGCGAUGUCUAGUCUAUCAGUGGCGUGGUAACAGACAAC